UAAUAAUCUUUGUUUGCUGGCUGAUGGUGACAAGAUUGGUCCAAUUUAAAUUUCAAUUUAAAAGCUUUUAGGUGUUUCCAUGUGUUACAUGCUGGUUUCCUCUCUUGGUAUUUUGUUAUUGAGCAUUUCUGUCAAUCAAUAUCAACAGUUUCGUUUACAGAAAAUGGAUCCUCCAGGUUAUCAGGAAAUGUCAUAUGUUGCUCAUGUUAAGAGGCGCCAUGAGGAGAAAGGCUGCCUCUAUGCUGGUUUGUUUGCACUUUGUUGCUGCUUUUGCUGCUUUGAAGCUUGUGAAUGUUGUUUAGAUAUGCUCUGUUGCUGCUGCUAAUAUGCCAGACUAGCUUGGCUUCUGUUUGCUUUCUAUCAUUUCCUUCGAAUAGUCACUGUUGUCUUCUCUCUUUACUUCCUGUGUUUCCCCUUCUCACUGAUGUUGGGGUCUUUAAUCGAGUGAAAGGAGAAUGAUUUGGUAAAACCGUCUGCAUCUUGCACCUACGAAUAAAUGAAUACAAUGUAAGAAUCUGUGUAAUUUAUGUUCAUAUACAAAUCCAUCUGUCUUGCUAAUUCUUUUA